UCGGGUCGGACGAGACGACAUCUCCGAAGCUUACAGCUCUCUCCCUCUCUCUCUCUCUCUCUCUCUGUCUCUCUUCGUGAUAUCCGCCCGCCUCCAGAAGGCUCCCUCGUUUCGACCUCCAUUAAAAUCUUCUUCAUUUCUUCACUUCACUUCCCCCCACCCCCAUCAAGAACAAAGCUCUCCCAAUCCCAAUUUCCUCCGCCGCCGGAAGCCGCCGACAUGUCCCAGUCCCUCCACCUCCUCUCCCGCUCCCCCCACCUCUCCUUCCCCUCCCUCUCCUCCUCCCCCAAGCCAUCCCUCUCCGCCUCCCCCCGCCGAAUCCCCGCCCCCUCCAGCUACCCCGGCAGCGGCGCCCUCUCCAUUAGAGCCUCGAUCUCCGACUCCCCCAACCCCCAUGUCCUCGUAUCCGACAAUGGAACCGGAUCCGCCAGGGCAGCUCCUGCCGCGGCCGACUCUGCGGCGUCUGCUGCGAUCGAGGUCGACGCCGUCACGGAGGCGGAGCUGAAGGAGAACGGGUUCCGGAGCACGAGGCGGACUAAGCUGGUGUGCACCAUCGGGCCCACCACUUGCGGGUCGGAGCAGCUGGAGGCGCUGGCCGUCGGGGGGAUGAACGUCGCCAGGAUCAACAUGUGCCACGGGACCCGCGAGUGGCACAAGCGCGUCAUCGAGCGCGUGAGGAAGCUGAACGAGGAGAAGGGCUAUGCCGUAGCCAUCAUGAUGGACACUGAGGGCAGCGAGAUUCACAUGGGAGAUCUCGGCGGCGCUUCCUCUGUUAAAGCCGAGGAUGGUGAGAUAUGGACUUUCAGUGUCAGAGCUUUUGAUUCGACUCUCCCAGAACGGACCAUCAGUGUGAAUUAUGAUGGUUUUGCCGAAGAUGUGAAAGUGGGGGAUGACCUCCUGGUAGAUGGCGGGAUGGUGAGGUUUGAAGUGAUCGAGAAGAUCGGUCCAGAUGUUAAAUGCCGCUGUACAGACCCAGGAUUGUUGCUUCCACGGGCUAACUUGACUUUCUGGAGGAAUGGGAGUCUUGUUCGGGAACGAAAUGCUAUGCUCCCCACAAUUUCUUCUAAGGAUUGGUUGGAUAUCGAUUUUGGCAUUGCUGAGAAGGUUGAUUUUAUUGCGAUAUCUUUCGUCAAGUCCGCUGAAGUCAUAAAUCAUCUCAAAAGUUACAUUGCAGCGCGAACUCCUCAUGGAGAUAUUUCUGUCAUAGCAAAGAUAGAGAGCAUUGACUCGUUGAAGAACUUGGAAGAAAUCGUUCAAGCCUCAGAUGGAGCAAUGGUUGCCCGGGGAGAUCUUGGUGCUCAGAUUCCACUUGAACAGGUCCCAUCCGCUCAACAGAAGAUAGUUCAGGUCUGCAGACAGCUGAACAAGCCAGUGAUCGUUGCCUCUCAGCUGCUGGAGUCCAUGAUUGAGUAUCCCACUCCGACUAGAGCUGAAGUAGCUGACGUUUCCGAAGCUGUAAGGCAGAGGGCUGAUGCUCUGAUGCUCUCUGGUGAGUCUGCAAUGGGUCAGUACCCGGACAAGGCACUGACAGUGUUGAGGAGCGUCAGUCUGAGGAUUGAGAAAUGGUGGAGGGAAGAGAAGCGCCAUGAGGCUAUGGAACUCCCGCCUGUAGGAUCUUCUUUCUCAGACAGUAUUUCUGAGGAAAUUUGCAUCUCUGCUGCAAAAAUGGCCAAUAACCUAGGAGUGGAUGCACUGUUUGUCUACACAAAUUCAGGCCACAUGGCAUCUCUCCUGUCUCGGUGCCGACCUGACUGCCCGAUCUUCGCCUUCACGACAUCUCCCUCAGUAAGGAGACGCCUCAACCUUCAGUGGGGCCUGAUCCCAUUCCGCCUGAGCUUCUCUGAUGACAUGGAGAGCAACCUGAACAAGACCUUCUCUCUCCUCAAGGCCAGAGGCAUGGUCAAGUCGGGCGACCUCGUGAUCGCCGUAUCAGAUAUGUUGCAGUCAAUUCAGGUCAUGAAUGUUCCGUGAGGAAAGACAAGGGCUGCAUGGUGUUUCAGGUAUCAUACAUUGGAAAUUCACGAGGUUACCUUAAUUUAUGCAACUUUCGAUAUUCAAUGCCACUGUUCACCAGCUGGGUCAUAACAGUGAGAAACUAUUCGAGGAGUAUGAUGUAACAUCAUGAUCGGGUUUGGAGGGACUCGGUGUUUCUACAUCUGUGAUGUUAGAUAGAGGUCGAGGUCUCUGCAAAUCCACACCUAAGUGGGAGCUGUACCGGUUUUCUUCUCUCCCCUUCGUUAUUAUUAGUCCUUUUGUUCAAUGCAUAAUGUAGACCCUUAAACUGAACAAUAAAUUUUCUGGUUAUAACAAAGCGAUCGUAUUUGCUUCUUUGAAGCUACAAUAUUUCGCACUA